CGGAGUGGUCUUUAUUAUACAAAUUUUAGAAGAGAUCAUCAUUAAUAAUUUACCGGAAUAAGUUUAUUUCACAUCCAAGGCAAAAGUCUUGGGUUUCCAAACACCCAAUUACAUCAUUACUUGUCUUCUCCUGUUUUCCCUCGAAGGAAGUAUCAAAAUUGUGCUUUUGAAUAGGUAUGAAUUAUAGAACACAACGAGCUAAACCACAAAAAGUACCAAAAAAUCUUAUCAUUACAAUAGUACCCAAAACUCUCACCUCCAAAAAUUCAAUUACAUCAUUACUUGUCUUUUCCUGCUUUCCCUCGAAGGAAGUAUCAAAAUAGUGCUUUUGAAUAGUACAAAAAACUCUCAUCACUGAUAUAUACAGUCACAACAAUAAAUGAGUAAUACUUGUACUUUAAAACUGAGUGAAUAACAACAAAACAAUUGCACACAAAAUGAGAUUAAGAGAAACUACUACUCGCACAUAAAACUCACAUACAAUCGCACUACUCCCCACGAUAAGAACUCUGUGUGAUCUCGCAUUGAAUCGUAUCUUUCCAACAAUAUACUCAAAGAGUCCACGAAUCAUACGAACAAAAUAAUCCACGAACAAGUUUGUUUUAUUUUGUGACUUGAUAUUUUCAAUAUAAUAUCAGAGGAACCAAUAGCUCAACAAGUCAGACAUUAAACGUACGCGCUAAAGAGAGGAUAUAGAAAAAAUAUAUAAAAUAUUGUACGGUUAAAAUUAUUUAAAAAAAAUAAUUAAAUUAAAAAAAUUAUAAAUUUUAUAAAAGAAAACGGUGUUUUUUAAAACAAAUUAAAAAGAAAGUGUUUUUCAUUAAAAUAAUUUAAAACAGAAAAAUAUUAAAAUUUAAUAAAAUAAAAAUUUUGAAAAUUUUUAUUAAAAACAAACAAAAGAAAUUUAUUUCAAAAGAAAUAAUAAAAAAGUGUUAAAAGUGUUGCUUAUUAACAAUUUUGUUUAAAAAAUAUUAAAAAAAAAAAAACAAAUUCAUUAAAAAAUGGCAAAUGUUGAAAACAAAAACGCCACCGGAAAUGGUAACUCAGCUUUAGUUGAAACUAAAGAUGCACAAAAUCUCUUACCCCAUUUGGAAUGUUUGGAACGUAUUAUACAAUUGCCCGUGGUAGGAGCUGCCUGGGAUAAAUCUCAAGAUGUUUAUGGCAAAGUUAAAGGCAAAAACCGUGUCUUCAAUUGGGCCCUAAAUGCUGCCGAAGAUUGUGUUUCACGUGCCGUAACCACUGCCGCACCCAUUGUCUCCCGCUUAGAUGACAAAAUUCAAUUUGUCGAUCAAACAUUAGUCAAAGGUAUCGAUAAAUUGGAAGUCACCGCCCCCAUCAUUAAGAAUACCCCACAGGAAAUCUAUGCUCAAGCCAAAAAUAAAGUUAUCGAUGCCGUACAGCCCACCAUUAAUCGUGUGGUUAAAUUCAAAGCCGCUGGACAACAGAAGGCAGCUUCAUUGAAAGAUUUAGCUUGGCAAAAAGCCAAUGAAGUCUUGGCCACACAAUAUGGUAGUUUGGCAGUAAAUGGUGUUGACACAACCACUGCCUUGGCUGAACGUUUAUUGGAAUAUUAUUUUCCCAAAUCCGAGUCUGAUGAUGAAGAAGAAAAUGUGCCAGUUCCCGCCAGCGAGGACCCAGUUUUACACACCGUCCAGACCGUUGGUAGACUCAAGAACAAGAUUUCCCGUCGCGUCUAUAGAAAUGUCUCCCGACAGAUCCGCAAAGUCCAAAAGGGCAAUGUAAACGACUAUUUAAGCUCCUUAAUUGCAGCCUUAAAAUUGCAUCAAUAUAUUAAUUUCAUUAAUUCCUCCAUGGGUACAAAUGUUGAACAAUCAUCAUUGACUGAUAGUUCCUCCACAUCAGCAGCAGCGGCGCCUGCAUCAUCAUCUUCUUCCUCAGCGGGGACUACCAACAACGCAAAACCUGCCACAGCGCAAAAGUAAAUUUAUUUCAUUUUGUUUUUAUAUUUUUAUUUUUUUUUUUCUUUUGUUUCAUUUAUUAAUUUAACAAAACUGCAUUGUUGUUUUGUGUUAAAAAAAAAGAAGAAAACAAAAAACUGAAUUUAUUUAUAAAACCCCCUAAACAACAAGAAUUGUUGAUUGUUAAAAAAAGUGAACAAGUAAAGUAGUAAUCAACAAAAUCAUAUAUUAUUCAGUAAAUUUUAGUUUUACACCUUUACCUUGUAUCAUCCCUAAGAUUUUGCACAACCCAACCCUGCUUAAAAUUUAGUCGUAGUUCACAUACCACGCGCCAAUUUAUAUUUAUUAGAUGUUAAGUUAAAAAUUAAUUAAACAAAAAAACAACUGAAUUAAUUAUUGUAUCUAUACAAACAAAUUGUGUAUUUAAAAAAACAACUGUUUCAAAUUUCGAAAUUUUUAUUAAGCAAAUUUUUAUUUAGAAUUUUUUUAGAGUGUAUAUAUUUAUUAAAAAACAAAAAACCCAACAAAAUUUGCUUAAAAUAUGAAAUCAUACAUACAUAUUAUGCAUUUUAUUCCCUGCAAAAUUUAACAUUUUGCAUACAAUAUUUAAUUAUUUUUCUAUUGUGUAUUUAAUUAAGCUUUAAUAAUGUAGUUUUUUCUUAUUAGAAAUCAAAGCUUCAAAGUUGAACUUUAAGCAUAAACUGAAAUCUUAAGAUAACAAAAACUGUAUCAAAAUUAGUGAUGAAUAAUAAAUAUAUAUUAUUAAUAUUAUUAUUGUAUAUUUAAAA